AUGUCCUCAUUGCCUUCAACUAAACCUAUUCCUAUUGCCCCCCUUCACCUCCAUACUCCAAAUGUGAAAGUGGAUGGCUGUAUCGACUGGUCAGUGGACCUCAAGACAUACAUGGCUCUGGCAGGAGAGCCAGUUCGAGUGAAGUGUGCCCUAUUCUACAGUUACAUUCGUACCAACUAUAGCACAGCCCAGAGCAUGGGCCUUAGGCUCAUCUGGUACAAGAACAAAGGGGACCUCGAAGAGCCCAUCAUCUUCUCUGAGGUCCGCAUGAGCAAGGAAGAUGAUUCCAUCUGGUUUCAUUCAGUAGAGGCCCAAGACAGUGGGUUCUAUACUUGUGUUUUAAGAAAUUCAACCUAUUGCAUGAAGGUAUCUAUGUCCUUGACAGUUGCAGAGAAUGAAUCUGGCCUGUGCUAUAAUAGCCAAAUCCGCUACUCAGAAAAAUCUGAAGUCACCAAGAGAAAGGAGAUUGUCUGUCCAGACAUGGAAGAUUAUAAGACAGCCAACAAGGAGCCCGAUGUAGUGUGGUACAAGGAAUGCAAGCCCAAAAUGUGGAGGAGCAUAAUUAUACAGAAAGGCAAUGCUCUUCUUAUCCAGGAGGUCCAUGAAGAAGAUGGAGGAAAUUAUACUUGUGAACUCAAGUAUGAAGGAAAGCUGAUCCGCCGCACAACUGAACUCAAAGUCACAGCGUUACUCACAGACAAACCUCCCAAGCCAUUGUUCCCCAGGGAGAAUCAGCCAAGUGUUAUUGAUGUCCAGCUGGGUAAGCCUCUCAACAUCCCGUGCAAAGCCUUCUUUGGAUUCAGUGGUGAGUCGGGGCCAAUGAUCUACUGGAUGAAGGGAGAGAAGUUUAUUGAAGAGCUGGCAGGCCACAUCAGAGAAGGUGAAAUCAGACUUCUCAAAGAGCAUCUCGGAGAAAAGGAGGUGGAAUUAAGCUUGACCUUCGAUGCCGUGGUUGAGGCAGAUCUGGCUAAUUACACCUGCCACGUGGAAAACAGAAAUGGACGAAAAUAUGCAAGCAUUCUGUUGCGUAAAAAAGAUUUAAUCUACAAGAUCGAGCUGGCAGGAGGUCUGGGAGCAAUCCUACUUCUUCUGGUGCUUCUUAUCAUCAUCUAUAAAUGCUAUAACAUUGAAUUGCUACUUUUCUACCGACAGAACUUUGGAAACAAUGAAGAUGCAGAUGACAACAAGGAGUAUGACGCCUAUCUCUCUUAUACAAAAGUCGAUCCUGAUGCUUUAGAUUGUGAUAACAAUGAAGAAGAACAAUUUGCUCUUGAAAUACUACCUGAUGUGCUGGAAAAACAUUAUGGUUAUAAACUCUUCAUUCCAGAUAGAGACCUGAUUCCCAGCGGAACCUACAUUGAAGAUCUCACAAGAUGUAUUGAGCAAAGCAGAAGACUUAUUAUUGUGCUCACUCCAGACUAUGUUCUCAGGCGAGGAUGGAGUAUUUUUGAACUGGAGACAAGGCUGCAUAGCAUGCUAGUCAGUGGAGAAAUCAAAGUUAUCUGGAUCGAGUGCACAGAAUUAAAAGAGAAGGUCAACUGCCGUGAAGUGGAAGUUCUGAAGAGAAACAUCAAGCUUCUGUCCCUGGUCAAGUGGAAAGGCACCCAGAGCAGCAAAUUGAAUUCGAAGUUUUGGAAGCACUUGGUAUAUGAGAUGCCCAUGAAGAAAAAGGUGACACUGUCCCGCCGCCAAGUCCUGGACUCAGCAGAGCAAGGCCUAUUUGGAGAGCUGCAGACAGUGCCCUCCAUUGCUGUCACCAGCACCUCGGCUGCUCUGGUAUCCUCUCAGGCCGAUCUGAGCGAUUUCCACCCAACAGAUUCAAUGCCAAUGAGACACUGUUGCAGAAGUUACAAUUAUGAGAUGCCAACGUCUUCUUUGCCUCUAGGGACCCACCACCACACAUACUGCAACAUACCCUUGACACUACUCAAUGGACAACUACCUCUAAACAAUGCCUCAAAGAAUACCCCAGAAUUUCAUAGGAGCAGCCCUCUACAGCCUUUAUCAUCCAAGGAGCUUAGCUUCACCAGUGAUAUUUGGUAGAGACGAUCAGAGUUCUUCAGUGUUACUAAAUCAUCAUCGCCAAAGCCUGGGUUUUGUACUAAAUAUUUAAGAUUCUACACAAAGAGUCCUUACAAGUUGAUGGAGGAAACAGCACAAUUUUUCUUUUCCUGGUACUUAAAUAUUUUUGUUUACAGUUCUGAAAUAUCAGAGGGGGGAAAAAGGACACGUGUACUGAGUAUGGACAGUGAGCCCUGAUGUUUUCUUGAAAAGAAAAUCCCAUUGAUUUAGAGUAGAUUUUAUGAUAACACGCAGAGAGAUGAUCUAGCUGACUCAUAUUUCUGUGCUCAUAUUCCAAAAGUUCAAAUACGGAAAACUAGAGACUUAAUUACAGUUUGGAAAUUCUAAACUCAAGUUUAAGAAGGAAACAACUUUUACAGUGUGAAUGAAUGAGGAAUUUGCCUUAGGGAAAGGGCAGAGUAUCCCCAUUGUAAUAUAUGUUAAAAGUUUUUAGGAGAUAACUAAUCAGGAAGUAGAAACUGAGGGUAGUAGUGGUGGAAACUGAAGACCGGAAGAGCAUCAAUGUAGCGCACAACUACUGUAGAUUGAUCAAGAAUUCAUGACAACAGCAUUUUGUUUUAUUAAGCAAGCACAUCUUUAGAAAAAGCUGGGAGUCAGCUAAACAAAGGGAGAGAUAGCUGUCAACUCCCCUGGAAUGAUUUUCAACAACCCAUGGAACUUACUCCUUUCACAAGUUUGGCAACUUUUGAAAGACAUUUUUAGAAGUGUUUUAAACAAAGAUUUUUUUAUUUGCUAACAAACUCACAUUUGGACUUUUUAAAAAUUAAGAUCUCAUGAUCUGUCGUUAGAUUUGUAUGAUUUUCUUCCUAUUUCUUUCAGUAUCAAUGGAGUUUCCACUUAAAUACACAUUUGACUGAGAAUGUCACCAAUAAAAAGAAUAUUCACAGCAGUAUUCACAGAUGAAAUACUAGGUGAUUUAAGUUUCUUAGUCAUAGGGCUGCAAUUGCCAGGAAAACCAUCGGGAAUAUAGCUAUGAAACGGAACAUUCUAGCGAGGUUUAGAAGACUUCUGUCAAAGGAUACCAAUUCCUGAUCUUUCUAACAGCCUACCUGGGAGACUAGCAUCUUCAAACAGGAAAGCCAAGGCAUACACAGAGUACCAAGUGCAAGAGUGCACCAAUUCUCAGCAUUCACAGGUUUGCAGUAAGUGGAGUGGCCUUCUUUGGAUGGCCGUUGAGCAUCGCACCACUCCGUCAAGUUCAUCAUAUUUUGUCAUCCCUACUCAGUUGCCCGUAGGGGUUAAUCGUGAUUUCAGAUCAACUUGGGCAUUUUGCAGAUGGCACAUAGGACUACGCACCAGGAUGAGUGAACAGAAACUAUAUCCUAACAACGAGCAGUACAGCAGAAUUCCAAAUUGGCCUGGUGCUCUUAAUUGUGCUCAUCAUUGUGAAAUAUAUUUGUGCAGUCAUCUACCGGCCAAUGGAUUUUAGUUGUUUCCUUAAUCCGCUUCUCUUGGUCAAAUGUAAGCCAUUGGUUCGUUCUAGGUAUCUGUUAUCUGUAGUCAUUCAGUUAAUGCUUUAUUCACAAAAGUAGUGAGUGGAAGUUUAGUUAUCAGUGUGGGGUAAGAACUUACUCCCUCAGUUAAGUUCCCACAUGUUCGUGUUUCAUAGAUAUAGUCAUUCCAUUGAGAAUGGUGACUUUGGCCUCCAUUCUAACUGUAUGCAUUUCCAAACAGAAAUCGACAAACUCUACUCUGUUUUCUAUGUGUUAAAGACUUUGUAUUUACUAUGCUGGGUAUGUUCGUUAAUGCGAUGUGUAACUAAAAUAAUAUUUGCAUGAAGUGAACUGCAUAUGUUUCAAGUGACAAGUUGUGGUUUCAUUAUUUUGUCUCCACAUGAUUCUAAAUCUGAUUACUCCACAUAGGAUGUUCAGUGAUAUUUUUAAGUUAUUAGUUCUGUAGUGUGCAUGCCUGUUCUGAAAACCUACUGCAGGUCUCUCUGUUUCCUUGAUUUAUGAUGAUUAAAUGUGGGU